AUGGGGAAGCAAACACCGAAGAUGUCGUCCAGGGUGGUUAACGCCAUCAGGAAUCUGAGGGAGGCUCACGGGUCCACGUCGAAAGAGAUCAUGAAUUAUAUCAUGUCGCAGUGCAACGUUCACGAGUCGACCGUGAACAGACAGAUGCACGCGGCGUUGAAACGCGGUUUGGACUACGGUAUCCUGAAGAAGGCCAACGGCCACUAUUUCCUCAACACGGACCCGGAUUCCCAGCUCACGUCGAACAUGAUGCCGACCGAGCAGGCGAGAAGAAGGGGGCGAAGAAGACGAAGCAGAGGUCGGCGGAGAAGAGGUCGUCGAAGGAGGCGCAGGAGAAGCAGAAGGAGAGGGCGCAGAAGACGCAGAAGCAGUCGUCGUCGUCGCCGUUCGACGAGGAGGAGGGGCCGUACGACGAGAACGAGGCGGAUGGCGUGCACGAGAUGCAGGUGCACCAAGAGGACCAGGGACAUAGUUGCCCUGAAUAGUAAUCCGGUGGAGCAACUGACGGCUGAGGACAACGGGAUGUGCACGUGCGAGAAGGAGAGCAACAUGGAGACGCGGUCGAGGCACAGCAAGAGCCGCGAUCGAAGCAUGAGUCGGAGCCGAUCGUCGGCGAACAGCGAUCGAGAUGACGGGGCCAAUAAUCGACGCGCGACCAUCGAGGAGGAUUAA